UACGUCAUGGUACAUGCGGUGCUUCAACGUUGGUUCGACGUUUUUCCGCGUUUUGUUCAGAGAAGAGAGGUUUGUCUGAUUUUAUGAGGCAAAAAUCCUCUAAAAAAUAGCUGUUUAGAGCUCUAGCCUGUAAUGAUAAAAAGGACCCAAGCUGAGGUAGUGUUUCUGGAUCACAAUUACUGCGCUCCAGUUAGUCUUACCCAAGAAAUCGCGACGAUCAAAUCUUCUUUCAUCAUGGCUGACAAUGGCGAAACUUUGAGUUGGGAAAAAGAAAUGGGGAUCGAAUUUGAUCCUCCAAAUUUACAGAGUGCACUACCAUGUUCUGCUUUAUCACCAUCACAUAGUAUCGAUAGUGGAUUUGACAACGAAAUGAGUUUACUGACGGAUUUUAAUUUGGAGGAUUAUCUUACUGGUUUUGGAGAAGGAAAGGUCGACUUCGGUCCACAGUUAGGAGCUCUGUUUCCUGAAGAAGAUAUCAGUGAGAACGCUAUUGAUAAGCCUUCCAAGACUCAGCAAACCCAGAAAACUGCCACGAGAAAUUCUGUAGCUAAAAUUCCAUCUGCAAGCACUUCUACAGAAACCAAACGAUGGAAAGUUUCGGCAAGACAGAAAGCCAUGAUGGAAGGUCCGAUAGAUGAAGAGGAAAAGAACAAAAAGAAUGCUAUAGCUGCUCGUGAAAACCGCCUAAAGAAGAAAAAAUACAUCGAAUCUAUAGAAAUAGAAAAUGGAGAGCUGAAACAAGAAAAUGCAGUUCUGAAAGCAAAGGACAUAAAGCAAUCAAAAGCUGUUGAGAAAUUAGAAAAUGAGGUUGCUUAUUUGAAGAAUGUGAUAGCUAACCAAAGCACAUUGUCUGCGUUACUGAAGAGUGUUGUCUCCACGCCUGGGAUAUCUUUCACAUCUUCAUUUGCUCCACAAGAACUUAUGCAUACAUCGGCACCGGCCAUUGAUGUUGACGAUGACAAAACUGAUGAUGAUGAUGAUGACACCAGAAGGUACAAGACUAGAGGUAGCAGGAAGAGGAAUUUGGAUGCUGCUACUCCUUGUUCGCCCAAGAAAAGAUGCAGGGAUGUCAAGGGUGGUGUUUGUCUUCACGUCAACCAAGACAAAGUUUCGCUGGAAUUCUGUGAGGAGUGUAGCAUCAAGGCUCAUGAAAUUGGUCAUAAAUGAGAAAGUGACAACAAAAUGUCGGUAUCAACUGAAUAGUAAAGUAUAUAUACUGAGUAUAAUGUUUGAGUAUAUCAUAACUUGGCUGUCACGACCUGUAGGUAAAAGAGGUUCACGGAUAUAAAGUAUACACUCUACGAGGAUUUGAUAUUCAUACAACCUUUGAAAACAAACCAAAAAAAUCUACGAACCAUAACCAGGAAUAUGUCCAAGGAGCAAAUAGAAUAGUUUAAGUGAACAAAAUCCUUUGGAGCUGCCUGCACUCGUCCUCUUUUCUUUUUUUCCUUUUCAGAUACACAAGAUCAAGCCCCUUGCCAAAGAUUACAGAUGACUGAAAUAUACCAAGCUAAAGAAAACUUUGAACUCAGGUCAUCAUGAACAAUAAUGACUGUUGUUUGCACUCAUGGAGACCUUAUAACACUUGUCUUGUGGAUAAUAGGUAAUGUUGUGCGUGAGUAAGUGAUAACCACUAUUAUAACCCUUUUAUCAUCUGUUAAAUUGAUAUUCUUGUGAUCUGAUAUAAUGUUUUCAAUCUUAUUGGAGACCAUGCAAUUUCAGAAUCAUUAAUUUUUGAAUGAAAAUUUUUGUUGUAAAUAUGUAGAUACAUACAGAUAUAUACUCUUAGAUUUUUGGUUUUCACCAAAUGAGCACAUAAAUUUGUUAAAAAAAGAAAAAUAUUAAAAAAUUUAAAUGUCUAAAAACAACACAUCAUCAAAAUUGAAUGCCAAAAAAAAAAAAAA